GGAUCGGUUUUACCAUAUUGUUAUCAAAGGACGAAAACCUAAACCCCGUAUAGGACUAUCCUUGUGUGUGUUGACGGGACUUGGUGGUCAGGUGGUACAGCGCCUGUGUCAGACUGUGUGUUAGACAACUUGAAUAUUUUUUUUUUUGUUGCGGUUCGCGGGAUAUAGCAGUAAACUAGUCAUGGAGACCAGUGUCUGCGUUUUUCUGUUCGUCCUUAUGACGUCAGCGGUGUCCGUGUCACGUGGGACGCCACUAGACGAUUACGUCAACGCACCGGAUGCUAAUUAUAGAUACACGUAUUUAAACUCCUUCAAGGGACCUAACUACGCCGUGUACUUGUUGAAUAUGACGUCACAGAAAUGGCUCACUGAGGAAAUAACGACAACUCCUGUAUGGUGGCACUACGUGGCAGUUAUCGUUCCUACACAAGUUGUGUACAGGGAUACGGGGUUCUUCUGGAUAGGUGGAGGUAGCUGGACUAAUAGACCGCCAGACGCAGACGACAAGUUCAUCAAAACCUUCACCUCUCUAGCCGUUAGCACAGGUACCGUGUGUGGCGUCAUCUACCAGAUUCCUUUUCAGCCGACUGUUUUUCAGAAAGACCCAGCAGCCACCCAGAGAUACGAGGACGCCAUCAUCGCCUGGACUUGGAGACAGUUUCUGGACAACGGCUCCAACCCGGAAAUACUUCUACGUCUUCCCAUGACGAAGGCUGUAGUCCGAGGGAUGGACACUCUCUCUAGCUUUGCUAAAACCAUCACCGGAAGUACCGUCAAUAAAUUUGUCAUUGGCGGCGAGUCAAAGCGUGGCUGGACCACAUGGACCACAGCAGCUGUGGACAAGCGUGUGGUGGGCAUGGUGCCCACUGUGAUGGAUCUACUCAACAUACAGAAGAACAUGCAUCAUCACUUCCGGUCACUCGGAGGAUGGACCUUUGAAUUCUGGGACUACUACAACCUCAGCAUCACAUACGACCUAGACAGCCCCAACAUCCCUCUAAUGCAGGAAGUCAUUGACCCCUUGACCUACGCCAGCAGAUACACAAUGCCAAAGAUGAUUGUCACUACUUCCGGUGAUGAGUUUUUCCUACCUGACGACUCCUACUAUUACUUCGACCAACUACCAGAGCCAAAAUUCCUGAGGGUAGUGCCCAACGCCGAGCACUCGAUGAAGGGCCACUACAUGGCCAACGAACUGGCAAUCCAGAGCUUCUUCCUCACCAUCCUGGAGAACGCCACCUACCCGUCUAUGUCCUGGGUCAAGACCAACACGGCUCUAGGUGGCUCCAUCACCGUCACCAUGUCCAGAGAACCGAAAAAUGUCACGGUCUACUACGCUCACACGCUGGACGACAAGAGACGAGAUUUCAGAUUGUUUGUAAAAAGCCCAACAUCCAUGGAUCCUGUACCACAUCCGGUUGUCUGGCUUUCAAAAUCAGCCAAUAGAAUUAGCCCCACACAAUUCGAGGCUAGCGUAGACAAGCCUCUAUUUGGAUGGGCGGGGUUCUUCAUACAGGUCCAGUUUGCUGGGGUCAAGGGGUCGACGCUAGAAUUUACCACAGAGGUCAACAUUGUGCCAGACACGUUUCCGUUUCCAGACUGCUCAGGGGCGUCGUGUUAUGGGACCUUAGUGUGAUCUUAUGGGACCUUAGUGUGAUCUUAUGGGACCUUAGUGUGAUCUUAUGGGACCUUAGUGUGAUCUUAUGAGACCUUAGUGUGAUCUUAUGGGACCUUAGUGUGAUCUUAUGGGACCUUAGUGUGAUCAAAUGUUAUGGGACCUUAGUGUGAUCUUAUGGGAACUUAGUGUGAUCUUAUGGGACCUUAGUGUGAUCUUAUGGGACAUUAGGGUGACCUUAUGGGACCUUAGUGUGAUCAAAUGUUAUGGGACCUUAGUGUGAUCUUAUGGGACCUUAGUGUGAUCUUAUGGGACCUUAAUGUGAUCUUAUGGGACCUUAGUGUGAUCAAAUGUUAUGGGACCUUAGUGUGAAAACUUUUUGUAAUGUCCUUUUUAUCAUAUGUCAAUACCUUAUUUUGAAUAAAAUUGUCAGUUGAAUCAUUC